ACGCGCUGCACCCUUUGACGGGUGAAAACAUUGAAAAAACCUAUCUAGUAUAUGAUGUCUCUCUCCAAUGUCUCAUGCGCGAUAAACACGUACUAGUACAUAGCAUACCUCACCAAAACCCAGCGUUUCACAUUAUCUUCUUUUUUAUUUCUCCAAUGGGACAAGCACCGUCCACGCCGGUUUCUUCGACGGACCUGAGUCACCGGGAUAUUUUCACCACCGACGAAUCCAUCGGCCGCGACUACACCGCCGACAUCCCCGACGAGUGCCUCGCCGGAAUCUUCCAGUUUCUAAGCUCCGUCGACCGGAAAACCUGCUCCGCCGUGUGUCGGCGGUGGCUGCGCGUGGACGGCGAGAACCGCCAGCGCCUCUCCCUGAACGCGAAGGCGAGCCUGGUUGACUUCGUUCCGUCGCUCUUCUCGCGGUUUGACUCGGUCACGAAGCUCGCCCUGCGGUGCGACCGCAAGUCCACGAGCGUAAACGACGACGCUUUGGUCCUGAUCUCGCUGCGGUGCAGGAAUCUGGUGCGGCUGAAGCUGCGCGGGUGCAGGGAAGUCACCGAGCACGGAAUGGCCGACGUGGCGAAGAACUGCACGAAUCUGAAGAAGCUCUCGUGCGGUUCGUGCGCGUUCGGCGCAAAGGGCGUUUACGCUUUCGUUAACAACUCCAUCGUUCUUGAAGAGGUUUCUAUCAAGAGGCUUCGAGGGGUUGAAAAAGAUAAUAACGAUGGCGUUGACGGCGCCGAAUCGCUUCCUCUUUCCGUUACUUCCUCUUCGUUGAGAUCGAUUUGCCUCAAGGAGCUCGUUAACGGCCACUGUUUCGCGCCGUUAAUAGUUAAUUCGAAGAAGCUUGAAACGCUGAAGCUGAUUCGGUGUUUGGGGGAUUGGGAUGUGACUCUGGAAAGUGUUGGAAAGUUGAAUUCAGGGUUGGUUGAGAUUCAUUUAGAGAAGGUUCAGGUUAGCGAUGUGGGACUUUUGGGGGUUUCUAAGUGUUUGAAGUUGGAGUCUUUGCACCUUGUGAAAACACCCGAGUGUUCCGACGUGGGACUUUGCGAAGUUGCGGAGAGGUGUAAGAUGCUGAAGAAGCUUCACAUUGAUGGGUGGAGGACCAACAGGAUUGGGGAUUGUGGCUUGAUGUCUGUUGCCAAACACUGUCCUAACUUGCAGGAGCUUGUGCUGAUUGCUAUGUAUCCCACGUCUUUGAGUUUGGCUGCGAUUGUUUCUGGUUGCCAGGGUUUGGAGAGGUUUGCACUUUGUGGGAUUUGUACGGUUGGUGAUGCAGAGAUAGAGAGCAUUGUGGCAAAGUGUGGGGCACUGAGGAAGCUGUGCAUUAAGGGGUGCCCCGUGUCGAAUGCUGGGAUUGCGGCUUUGGCUUCAGGGUGUCCCAAUUUGGUUAAGCUCAAGGUGAGGAAGUGCAGAAGGGUUAAUGGUGAAGUUGUGGAGUGGCUGCGUGAGAGGAGGAGUUCUCUGGUGUUUAGUAUUGAUUACAGUACUGAAGUUGAGGCUUUGGAUGGAAGUGGUAGUGAUGUUGGCGCUCAGGAAAGUAGCAUGGCGUCUCCUCCAAUCGACACAACACAAGUGUCCAUGGUUGAUGAUCCUCCUUCAAGCAGUAAUAAUAGCAGCAGCAACAACAACAACAACAGAUUGUCUAUGUUCAGGAACAAGUUUGGAUUUUUGGCUGGUAGGAAUUUGGUGCCAUGUGCCUUCAGAAAGUGGGCCAACAUUGAUGACAUCUCAAGUACCAGCUUUCAAUGAUAUUUAUUUUGUAAGAAUGGUAAUGCAUUAUUGCCAUUUUUCCAAUGUUUGUUGGAUGUGUUCUCGUUUGUUCAGUUACAUUACAUGUUCCUUGAAAUGUUGGUCACUGAAUUAUGUUUUCCUACUGGGGUUACUUAUGGCGGUUGUUAUUAUGUUAACCAUGUCACUACAAGAAAAAUGACACAUGCCUACGGAAAUUUUUGCCUACAUACAUAAAUUACUGUAGGUAAAAGUAACAAGUUCCUUAAUGGAAAUUGAAUUUUUGGAUUUUGUUGAUGAAUGUGUUCAGUCUUGCCAUAAAAUUCUAAGCUGUAAAUAAGGGCCCAAUGAUGGCUAUUCAACUCCAACACAUCCCUUCAUCUGAGUUUAAACACGGAGAUUGAUGGGCUCAAAAGUUUUGAUUACUUGUUCCUAUAAUAAUGAUUGUUCAGCCCCAACACAUGUCCUCGUGUUUCUUUGAUGACUAUGGUGAUCUCAGCAUACAUUUCUUAAAUAUUGUACUGCUUUUGAGUCUCUGACUUUCAGUUUUGCAUUUAUAUAUUUAAUUCACCUACAGGGUGACAAGUUUAGGGAAGCUGAAGAAUUGUUUGACAACCUACUGAAUGAUGAAAAUUCAGCUUUGAAACCAGACCCGAAGAUGUUUAAUAUGAUGAUUUAUAUACAUAAGAAGGCUGGAAGUUAUGAAAAGGCCCGUAAGACAUUUGCACUGAUGGCUGAACUGGGAAUUCAACAAACUACAGUAACCUAUAAUAGCCUGAUGUCAUUUGAAACAAAUUACAUAUGAGGGUCUAGUCACAACUGAGAGGAACAGUCUAGACCCAGCUGCAGCUCCGUUUGCUAAAAAUCCAAGAGACAUAGAAGGGCUUACUGAGGGUGCUAGUAUAAUUGAAGUGGUUAAGAAGAUUAGGUCACAUGUGCUCCUUGGUUUGUCUGGCGUUGGUGGUAUUUUUAAUGAGGAGCCUUGCUUCAUACAUGGCUGAGGAAGAUAUCUUGAUAGGAAUUUUGUAUCCAUCCCUUGAUAGCCGUACAAAAAAAAUUUGGAUCUCCUCUAUGCAAUGCUAGACACGGAGGAUCAUUGUUGUUAAUCCAAAAGUGUUUAAAUAUGAAAGUCCUUGGGGUUGACUUGUUGAAGCAUGGUAUCUCAGACCCAUCCUUGAUGACUUCUUAAUCACAGAGCUCUAGUUCUGGGCUUGAGAAAGAUAAGCUUCUUGAACAUGAGGAAUACAUGGCUACUCCUGUGUUUGUACACACCAAGCUCGUGAGGCUGCUAUGGCAGUUCAAGGAAAGAUGGUAGAUUCUCAGUGUAAGAAGAGCAAAGGUAAUUAGCUCCUGAUAGAAAAUCUGCCAAGGCAGAGUUGAAUGAACUAAGAAGAGUUGCACCUUCCAGAAAGUCCUAUUCAAUUUGUCAAUUCAAUGGUCGAUACAAGUUUUUAGUUAUGUGUUUUGCGUGGAACUUGCAAAGUGGACGGUGUGGCCUUCAUUGUCAAUGCAGCAUUUUUUAUUUUAUUUUUGUACAAUCUUUGGCUCAUAAGACUUUUCUCUAAUUCCAGUCCCUGUCACUGUGCUCUCAAUCAUGGUAGUGUGAACAUACAAGCUGUAGAGCGUAUGUAGCAUAUGUUAUCGAGGGAAUUUUCUUUCUUCUUGUAAUAUGUGCAUUACUUGAAUUUAGAUGUUGUGAAAUCUUUUAUAAAUCACUUUGUAUUUUGAGUUUACUUAAGAACUAGUAAGAGGUACAUGGACAUCACUCAAGCA